AUGGAUCCAGCUAGCAUGAACCAGCGCAUCGACGAAGCCCGGCUGGCUCUCGCAAACCUUGCCCCUGAAGACCCCGACUAUGCUACCAAAGCAAUCCACCUUGGUACGUGCCUUGAAGCGCGGUUUCAGGAUACAGGAGAUGCGGCCGACCUUGACCAAGCCAUCGAUUGCGGGAAAGAGGCAGUAGCUGCAAGAACACCUGAUGAUCUGCACCAUGCCUCGCAUCUGCGAAGCUUGGUCCUGUGGCUCGAAAUGCGAUAUAAGAAAGAUGCAAGCCCCGAAGACUUAGAUCAAGCCAUCGAUGCGGCUGGAUCUGCUCUGGAAUAUUUCCCAAGGGCCCACACUGCGCGCCUAGAAAGCAUGCAUAAGAUGGGCUGGUUGUUAGUUGCACGCUUCAAAAGAACAGGCUCGAGUCAAGAUAUCUCGCGUGCAAUUGAACUCGGCAAGUCCCUCACACAGGAAAUGAGUCCCGAUACCAACGGAGUCACCAAGGCACGUUACUGGAAAGGGUUUAUCUCAUGGCUGCUGGACCGUUUCAACAGGACUAGGGCGCUGGAACGUAUAGACGAGCUUCUCCACACAUUGAAACAAUCUCUGGAUUGUCUCGCAGAUCAACCGGAGCACCCCGUUAUCCUGGACCUACUUGUAACCUGCCAUGAACGACGGUUCCGAAUCACUGGGGAAAUCGAGGAUCUGGACCAGGCCGUUGAGUAUGGGAGGCUCGCCGUGGACGCGGCUGGUGACGGUCCAGCACGACGGAAGUAUGCUAGCCACCUUGCAACAGCCCUGAGUGACCGCUUCGUUGAGACUGGAUUGCCAGAGGGCCUGGUAGAGGCCAUUGAGCUUGAAAAAUCGAAUCUGGAUUCCACUGAUGACCAAGACAGCCGGAGGGGUUACGUUUGGAGCCUCGCCAUCCUCCUUUUGCGUCAUGCUCAGGCCACAGACAAUGUGGAGGGUAUUGGUCAGGGGAUUCCCUUGAUCAACGGAGUCUUGGACUCUCUCACGCCAACUCACGCAGACCGGGGGAGGUUCCUACUGUGUUUGUCGGAUUUCUACACGACUCGCUUCGCAAUAACUGAGGAAAUCAGUGACCUCGACAGGUCUAUUGCCAUUAUGACCGGCAUGUGGGAGGCAACCGAACGGCCCUGGGACCACCCGCAGGGCAUUACGCUCUCGACAGCUCUUAAAGAGAAAUUCCAUACGAGGUUCUCACUGACGGGCAAAGUGCAAGACAUUGACCGAGCCAUCACCAUAUUCAAUCAACUGACCGAGUCAAUGCCCGAGGGACACUGGCACAGGGCCGAAGGACUGAGAGCGCUCGUAGGACUGCACGGUCUGAGAGUCAAUAGCAGUGGCGACACGGGCGACAUUGAUAAAGCCAUUGAAAUAACUGAACGCGCGCUGUCAGCUGGAGCUGAAGACGCACGUCGUAUUCAAUACCUCAACAUACUUGGGACCUUUUUGAAAAAGAGAUUCGAGAGGACUUCUUCAGCUGGCGAUCUCGACCGAGCGAUUGAGGUGACGGCCGAAGCAGUACGAGCGGCUUCUGUUUCCGACGCAUCCUCGAAUCUUCCUGCAUACCUGACCAACCUGUCGACCUGUCUCAGUGAGCGGUGGAAGGAAACCGGAGCUGUGGACGACCUCGAUUACGCUCUUGAACUCACCUCCCAGGCCAUAGAAUCUCUGCCCGAGAAUAGCCCGGACCGCGCUGUAUGUCGAAACACCCUCAGCAUCCUUCUACAGAUUCAAUAUGAGCGCACAAGCUCGAUCGAGUACCUGGACGAGGCAAUCAAGGAGCUCAACGGCGCGGUGGAAAGUCUGUCACAUUGUUACCCAAACAUAGCCGUGUUCUACAACAACCUAGGCAGCAUGCACAACACACGGUUUCAGCAAGAAGGACAUCUCGACGAUUUAAACAAAUCUAUCGAGUUCGCCCAGAUGGCGUUGUCGGUGAAUCCCAGUGGUGAAGGCCAGGGUGGCGUGUUCCACCGGCCAACCCUUCUCAGUAACCUGGCCACCAGACUCGCAGUUCGAUAUGAGCAGACAGGCGGGGUCGCCGACCUCGAAGAAGCAAUUCAAGCAGUCGAUGUAAGCAUCCAAACAACUGCAGAGAAUCAUAUCUCUCAGCCGGAGAAACUGCACAACCUCGCCAGUCUUCUCAUCAGGCACUCCGAACGCACAGGCGACGUUGAGGACCUAAACAGGGCAGUGUCAACUAUGUACCGUGCCCUCGAACUGACCCCAGUCGGCCGUCCUUAUCGGACACGGUUGCUUUGUCUCCUGGGACAAGCUCUCAACAGCCGCUUCCUACAAACAGGGAAUAUAGAGGAUCUGCACCAGGGACUGCAGGUCUCUAGCGAAGCCCUUGGAGCCAUGGCUGUCGACACCCCCGAGCGGAUAGUCACCCUGGUAGAGCACUCUGAUGCUCUGCAGGACCGCUUCAACCGACUGGGCGACAUCGAAGAUCUGAAUCAAGCCAUUGACCUCAACCAGCAGGCCGUGGACAUCAUCUCGCCCGAGCAUCGAAGGUGGGCACCAUAUUUAACCAGUCUGGCGAGCAAAUUGGCAGCCCGAUUCGAAAUGACCCAGGUGCUGGGCGAUCUGGAUCGAGCUAUUGCGAUAGCCCGAGUGGCUGCGCAAACCAACACCCCUCCCUCGUACUUGGAGGUUUGGCGCCCACAUCAUGUCCUGGGAGUAGCACUCGGUGAGCGGUUCAGACGCACAGAACGGCUCACGGACAUCGAUGAAGCUGUCGAGGUCAUAACCGCAGCUCGAGAAUUGGUUCCUGCGUUGUCUUCCGCUCGAGCGCAGGUGCAGGUGGAUCUCGCCGCUGUUCUCUGGUACCGGUAUGACCUUCUGGGGAACGAAGCCGAUCUCGAUGGAUCGCUGGAGAAUCUGGAAUCGGUCAUUAUACAGCUACCAACUGACAGCCACAUGCUCCCGGUCGCUCUGAACCGGGUUGUUGCUGUCCUCUACACGCGAUAUCGAUUGCAGGGCGACAGCGACGACCUGGAUAUAGCUUACGAAAUCGCGCGCGCCUCCGUCAAUUGCACGCCUCCAGACAACCCAGCCAGGGCCAUCUACUUGGAGAACCUUGCAAGUAUCCUGAUUGACCGGGAGGCCCAGACCCGGGACUCAAAGGACCGCAAUCAAAUGCUCCAUGUGCUACAAGAAAGCUGGAGCUGCAGCAAUGCGGCACCGGUCACGCGGAUGAAGUGCGGCCGGCUCUUGGGGCUUUUGCUCACGAUGAAAUCGGACUGGAAAGAGUCUGCUUCCGUCUUUGCAGAGGCACUCGGCCUCCUGCCGGCGCUGAGUCCGCGCUCUCUAUCCAACGCGGACAAGCAGUAUGUGCUGAUGGACUCACAUAGACUGGCGUCGCUCGCCACGGCUGCAGCCCUCAAUGCUGGCAAGACUCCAUUUGAAGCAUUAAGGCUCCUCGAGCAAGGGAGGGGAGUGAUCGCGGGGCUAUUACUAGACAUUAGGACUGACAUAUCAGAGUUAACAGCCAAACAACCUGGCCUAGCAGCUGAGUUCCUUUCCCUCCGCGACAGGCUGGAUACACCCAGCAACGUAUCAUUCUCCCUGACAUCGGCAGUCUCGAGUGAGAGCUCCCUAUGGGAGAAACAAGCAACAGAGCGCCGCGAGAAUGAACAGCGGUUCCGCGAUAUCUGCGAUAGAAUACGUCUGGAGCCUGGAUUUGAGAACUUCCUGCUUCCUCCGACGGAGGAGCAGAUGAUGAAUGCCGCACAGCGUGGAGCCAUAGUCGUCGUCAACGUGAGCGACAUCCGGUCCGACGCGUUUCUCAUCCGUCCCAGCGGCGUAACAGUCGUGGAUCUCUUGAGACUAGAAUCCCAGCAAGCAGAGGAGGUCUCUCGUGCUCUAACCUGCCCGCAGCCACUGGAUGAUCAUGUGCUGGAGUCGAUUCUGGAAUGGGCCUGGCACACGGUGGCCCAGCCCUGCCUUGAAGGUCUGGGGUACAAUGGUCCUCCUCCAGAUGGUAGCGAUCCCCCACAAGUCCGGUGGAUCAUGGCGGGGCCUCUUGCUCACCUUCCAAUUCAUGCGGCGGGACUGCAUGCCCCAGGCUCCACAAAUACAGUGAUGGACCGUGUAAUGUCCUCUUACACUUCGUCAAUCAAGAGUAUCCUGCACGGGCGUCAAUCCACUGCCUCGGGCGACAACGGAGCAUCUUUCUCCGAAGAGUCAAACCCAGCGACAGCCCUACUCAUCGCAAUGCAAAAUACAGCUGGCCAGAAGCCCCUCCAAUUCGCUCAAGACGAAAUCACCAUGCUCGAACAACUAUGCCCAACACUAAGCCUCCAUCCGGUCCAGCCCACCCACAGCGAGAAGCAAGCGGUACUAGACGGACUCAAGACAUGUCGUAUCUUCCAUUUCGCCGGCCACGGUAUGUCCCACGGCUCCGAUGCCUCAGCCAGCUGCCUCCUCCUCCACGACUGGCAAAGCAACCCGCUGACCGUGGCCGACCUCCGAGAUAACUGGCUUCUAGCGGGGCACCGGCCCUUCCUUGCGUACCUCUCCGCGUGCUCGACAGGCACAAGUGCAGAGGAGCGCCUUGUCGACGAGGCCGUGCAUCUCGUUGGCGCGUGCCAGCUUGCGGGGUUCCGGCACGUCGUGGGGACGCUCUGGGCCGUCUCUGACCGCCACUCGGUAGACGUGGCGCGAGUCUUCUAUGAGACGCUGCGGGACGAGGGAAUGACUGAUUAUGCUGUCUGCAAAGGUGUUCAUCUGGCGAUCUGCCGACUUCGAGACAUGGAUGUAGCCGCUAAGGAGGUGCGAAUGACAGAAGCAAAGAGGAAGACCAAGGGUGUGACUGAAGGGGUUAAGUCCGCGCGACAGACGCUAUUCCCCGUUCCAGACAGCGGCGUACAGCAUCCCCGUCACAAUGGACCUACCGUUGACCGGUUACGGCUGUCUCGGGGCAGCAGUCGCUGGUUGGGGCUUGACCGCAGGUUACAGACACGGGAUCUCUUCGCGCCUGCGUCACUGCAUCAUAACAGUGAUCUCCCGUGCGCCGGGCCUCAGGAGACGGUUCUAGAUGUUUUCACCUAUAUGAGAGAUGUUUUGGGGUGUGAUAGCGAUCACGACGCCGGCAUUACCCUGAGUCCGCGGCUCUGGGCCCCGUAUUUUCACUUCGGGGUGUAG